AACAAAAUCUGUAUUCCAAUAUUAAAAGCAGCAAUAGAGUUAAUGGAAUUACUGUUUUCAUUUCAACUGGUUAUUCACCAAUUUUAGUUCAAAAUAGCGAGAAUGUGAAUUCGAAAGAUAUGAUUAAGGAAUUGUCAAGAUUAAAUAUAAAAAUCCUGGCAUAUAUUUUAAAUAUAGCAGAAAACGCACCUUAUAAUGAAAAAAUAGCAAAAAAACCUCCAAAUAGCUUUAUGAUAUUUCAAAGUCAAAUAUGCCAUAUGGUUAAGGCUAAGUACAGUCAUUUAAACAAUCAUCAAGUUUCAAGUUUUAUUGGAUAUUUGUGGAGUAAAUUAAGUCCAGAACUCAGAGAAGACUUUAUAUCAAAAGAGUUAAGUGAAAGAAAUAUAUAUAAAAUCAAAAAGAAUUAUUAUGAAAAACCAAAUGAAAGAAAUAAUGCUGAAAAAACUUAUUCUGAAGAGUCAAGUGAAAUAAAUAAUGCACAGAAAACUUAUUUUCAAGAGUCAAAUAAAAUAAAUAAUAACCAAAAAACUUAUUCUAAAGAAAACAAAGAAUCAACAGAAAAUUUAGAAAAUCCUUCUAUGUAUGCAGAGGAGUCAACAGAAAAAUUUGAAAAUCCUUCUGCAAUAAAAUACAUAACAAAAAAAUUAGAAAGUCCUUCUGAAAUGAUAGAUGGUGAGAAGUCAACUGAAAAAUUAGUUGAUUCUGUGCUAAUGGGAAUGCUGUCAACAGAAAAUAUAGAAAAUCCUCUUAUACUAAUUAAUGGUGGACAGUCUUCCAGAAAGCUAGCUAACUUAGAUUCUGAAUCAUUAAAUUUUGAAUCAUUAAUGAGCCUUAUAACAUAA